CGUUGAUAGGAAAACUUUCCCCUCACGCUCCCCCACCGGCCCACGUCCGACAGAAGCUUCUUAUCAAAACGUAUAUAUAAACUAGAUCUAUAUCUGCGGUCCCUGGCCACUCCGAGCAUUGUGGAAAUCCGAGACCUCGUCUAACACAAGGUUAACCAUGUCCGUCACUACAAAAGCGACCAUCGCCUCGUUCGGCGGCAAGCUGCUCAAGCUGAGCCACCAGGCGACCACGACGCGCUGCGAGAUGGCCUUCAACCUCUACCUGCCGCCUCAGACGUUCCAGGACCCGGCUGCCAAAAUCCCCGUGCUGAUCUACCUGUCCGGGUUGACCUGCACGGCUGACAAUUGCUCCGAGAAGGGCUUCUUCCAGCAUGGGGCGAGCAAGCGGGGGAUUGCCGUCUUGUAUCCUGACACGAGUCCCCGCGGCCUUGAUAUCCAAGGAGAAAACGAUUCCUGGGAUUUCGGCACGGGGGCAGGCUUCUACGUCGACGCGACGGAAUCCCCCUACAAGGAAGGGUACAACAUGUACAGCUACGUGACGGAGGAGCUGCCGCAGACCGUGUUUGCGGCAUUCCCCCAGCUGGACGCUACUCGGGUCAGUAUCACGGGCCACAGUAUGGGCGGGCACGGCGCCCUCACUUUGUUCCUGAAGAAUCCCGGGAAAUACAAGUCCGUCUCUGCAUUUGCGCCUAUCUCCAACCCGAUCAACUGUCCGUGGGGCCAGAAGGCGUUCAACGGCUAUCUCGGCUCGGAAAGUGAGAAGUGGAAGGCGUACGAUGCCACCGAGCUGGUGAAGAAGUGGAAGGGGGAUUUGAAUUUGCUUAUUGAUGUGGGCACCGGCGACAACUUUUACAAACAAGGCCAACUCCUCCCGGAGAACUUCGAGGCUGCUGCGCGCGAGGCAGGCGUGGCAGGCGUGCAGGUUCGGUACCAGCCUGACUACGACCACAGCUACUUUACCAUGGCGACGUUUGCGGAUGACCAUGUUGACCAUGCGGCCCGGUAUCUGUUUGCAUAGUGCGUCUAGCUUGCGUCUUGACUCUUCACACUUUCUGAUGGGUUUCAUGGCUAGUUCAAAAUUCAGGGCAAGUAUAUAGUGUCAUGAAGACUAUAGGUAGCUUAUCCUAGAUACUCGAUCUACUUUAGACAUCAUCUUCAUUUUUUUCGUACUAAGCAAAAGGGGAGGGGGGCCGUGAUUGGAAUGCUGAACGCCAGACAUGCAAUGCAUCGGACUAUAUAAUUCUUUUCCUAGAUAUGAGAUCGCAUGGAUAGGUAUCGGAUGGACCGAGAAGAAGGAAGACAUGAACAAUGAACAUGGACAUGGGCACGUAACACCGGGGGGGGGGAAUCUAGAGUAACAGAGAAAAUACAGGAUGGGAGAAAUG